AUGCCUAAAACGUUGGAAGUGUUUCAUCAAAGCGGUUCUAACGGACAAAGUGGAUCGAGCGGUUCCAAUGGUUACUCGGGAAGUAAUGGUAAAUCAGGAUCGAACGGCCAAAAUGGUACACAUGGAGAAAAUGGUACCCGAGGAACCCAUGCUUCUCAUGCGAGUGAUAUCAAAGUGUUGCUCGAAGGAAUGGAUCAUCAUUCGGUCAAAGUCACAGGAACAGUCAAUGAAAUAGUUCAAAUUGAAGACGGCUCCGUUCAAGCUCUUUGUUUUUAUGCCAAUGGAGGGGAUGGAGGAAAUGGAGGUUCAGGAGGAAGAGGAGGAGAUGGAGGUAGCGGUGGUUCGGGAGGAUCAGGAGGAAGUGGAUCGAAUGGAAGACACGGAGGAAGUGGUGAAGAUGGCGGUCCUGGAGGAGAUGGUGGAGAUGGAGGAAAUGGAGGAGAUGGAGGAGAUGGUGCAGAUGGUGGUGAUGGAGGAAAUGGUGGACGAAUUUCUAUUGAAACUUACAAUCCAGCUUUGCUUAAAUUUGUAUUUGCUCAAAGUAUUGCUGGAAGAGCAGGUAUGGGAGGCUAUGCUGGUAGCGGUGGUUCUGCAGGUCAAGGAGGAAGUGGUGGUUCUGGCGGUAGUGGUGGUUGUGGUGGUUCAGCAGGUUGUAGAAUUGAUGACCAAAGUAGAUAUCCAAGUAGUGGGCAAUCAGGAAGUCAUGGACAAUCAGGUGAACGAGGUAGAGACGGUCAUCCUGGAAGAGAUGGUCAAUCGGGUCAGGAUGGACGACCGGGUCAACCUGGUUCAGUCACAUUUCGAGUGUUGGAUCCUCAAACGAGAUGUGUCUUGGAAGAAGGUGACACAGUUUUCGAUCUUAAAGUAGUACAAUUUCAAUUGAGUGCAGUAGAAGAUGACGGUAUUUUUGAACCAGGAGAAUCUGUAUUCGUUUCUGGAGUGGUGGUUAAAAACACUGGAGGAAUGACACUACCAGCAGGCUCUGUCAUUAGCUUUCCCAAUUUUGUGUUGCCUAACCAACAUCCGUUCCUGUCCUCUAAUCAUGUGUUUGUAUUAAAUCAGCACAUUCCAAGAGGAGGAUCUUUUCAAAUUCCAUUUCAAUUCUAUGGAGCACUUGCAGACAUUCCUGAAUCAAGCGUGUUUGGUCCCUAUCGAACACGGAUGAGUAUUACUUCUAAUGCAUCGUUAUUGACAUCACCAUUUAAUGAAGGAUGUUUAGUGAAUGAAUAUCCAGUGUCUUAUCCAAUUCAAUUAGGAGAGAUUAUUCAACCUCCUCAAUUGGGUAGAACAGAAGUUGGCACUGUUACUGUCACCUUUAAAAACAUAUCAACUUUGCCAUAUGGAAGCACUGUAGGAUCCAAACAGCAUUUGAAGUUUGUCAUUUCAUUUGAUCCAAGAUUUGUGGUUCAUAAUGAAAACGCAUUGAACUCAAUGAACGCUAUAGAAGAAGAAAUUCCAAUCAUUCAACCUGGAAUGACUUAUUCUCGAAAUUUCCAAGUGGAACUAAGUGAUGCAACUCAAUUCUUUGAGACGGUACCUUUCACAAUGCAUUUGUUUUUGAGAGGAAAACGAAUUGAAAAUAUGGAAAGUAUGGUGAGAUUGACUCCAAACUAUUUUCCAACUCAGCCAGGUCAAAAUCCUUAUGACGUGUUAAUGAUUACUGACAGACAUAUUGUAAGGAAUGAAUUCUUGUGCUAUUUGAAGAUCUUCGAGGGACUUGGUCUAAGUGUCAACAUUUGGGACAAUGAGAAAUAUUGUGGAGUUUCUGUCAUUAGAGGAACAAACACGAGACAUGCUGUGAGUUGGAUUAACGGUGGCUACGAAGGAAAAUUAAUUUGUUAUCCCAUGUACAACGAAGGAGAUGAAAACAAUCUACUGCCAGAUGACAUCCUUCAGAUUUUGUCAGGCAAGAAUGGUAACAGUUCAACAUCUUCCUCUCCAGCAACAGAGGGUGCCAUCAUCUUUGUGGGAAAUGUUGAAGAUGAGAACUUUAGACAACGUCUCUUUACGAACAGUGUUCCAAAACCAGUACCAGAAAAAGAACUAAGGGAAUUGUUCAUGCUGUCAUCACCAGAUGAAAAAAGUCUUGAAAAGAGAUGUUAUCAUUACUUUGAAAAGGUUCUUCAAAAAUCAAUGCCAUCCAAACUGUACUUGCCUUGCAAUAUCAAGUUUGCUCCAAAGAAGAAUGGUUUCUUCUCAAAGACCUCCCUGGGAACAGCUGACUAUAAGGAGCUGUCAGUCACAGCCACCACUCGAUGUUAUUCAGUGAACACUCAAAGUGGAAAUUCACAAUCCAUCCUGUCACAGGACUCACAAAACAACUUGACUCAAAAUCAAUUUGCAGUAACCUCUAACUUUGGAAAGUUGUUAAACACUGUACUCUUGUCGUUGCCUUUGGAGAAGCGUUUAUGGUUAAUCAAACAGCCAACCCAAUGGCUAGCAAGUGUUAAAUUCGUAGAGGAGCAUGGAGGUGUCUCUUCAUACGUAACUGCAAUUCUUUGGACUCUGUUCUGCAACAUUCAUGAAGAAAUCUUGUUCAGAGAUGUGAUGGGCAGGUACACCGAGGUAAUCAAGAAAGAUUUGGAGAAACAUGCAAAGGAAUAUCAAUCCCACCCUUAUCGUGAUGUAUUAUGUGAAACCUUUUAUCAAAUGCUAGCCACUUUGAGAAAAUUAUUGAAAUGGAAAGGACUAUUAUUUUCCAAGAUGAAGGAAAACAAACGUCACUUUAAGAAAUUUGCAGACGAUGUCGAAGACAUUUUACUUACCAAAAUUAUCACAAGCAAUGAAAAGGCAGAUUCCAUCAAGAAGGAAACCAAAUCCAAGAUGAAAGUAUUAACUGCCUCACAUUUCAUUUUCCACCUCAAGUACAUGAAAAGAUUGUUGAUGGGACGUUAUCAACAUGAAUUGGAAAAGGAAUUACAUUCUGGAAUGUUGGAAAGUAUUAAUGGUGUUUUUCACAAAAAUUUGCAAUCGGUCCAAGAGGUUAACAAGCAGUUCAUGGAAUAUCUAUAA